GCACUGGAGUAGCUCAGGCUCUCUCAGUAGGUGGGGCCAGGAGCAGGGGUACCUGGGAAACAGGCCUCCCUCUGGAAUUCAGAGUUGCACGGCUGGCUGUCUAAGUCACCGACCUCUGGAAUCCAUAAGACAGGAUAGAGGACUGUGAAGAGCAUCCAGGGGUGCCAUACUCCUGCAGGGCAGCUUAGGCCGCUCACCAGCUCACCAUGUGGUGGGCCCUGCUGCCGCUGCCGCUGCUGCUGCCCACCGCGCUGCGCCCCGGCUGGGCAGGGCCGCCCCAGGAGAGCGGCCCCCCUUUCCGGCUGACCCCGCAGGACCCCCGGGCCAGCGGGGCCGGCAACGCGACGGCCUCGCCCUGCGAGGGGCUGCCGGCCGCGGGAGCCUCGACCUUGAGCCUCGCGAACCGCAGCCUGGAGCGCCUGCCCGGCUGCCUGCCGCCCGCGCUGCGCGGCCUGGACGGCAGCCGCAACCUGCUGCGCGCCCUGAGCGCCGCCGAGCUCGGCCACCUGCCGCGCCUGCGGGUGCUCACGCUGAGCCACAACCGCAUCGCCGCGCUGCGCUGGGGCCCCGGCGGCCCGGCGGCGCUGCACACGCUGGACCUCAGCUACAACCGGCUGGCCGCGCUGCCGCCGUGCGCCGGGCCCGCGCUGCCCGGGCUCCGCUCGCUGGGGCUGGCCGGGAACCCGCUGCGCGCGCUGCAGCCGCGGGCCUUCGCCUGCCUCCCCGCGCUGCGCCUCCUCAACCUGUCGUGCACGGCGCUGGGCCGCGACCCCGGGGCGGGCAUCGCCGACGGGGCCUUCGCGGGAGCGGGCGGCGCGCUCGAGGUCCUGGACCUCAGCGGCACGUUCCUGGAGCGCGUGCAGUCAGGGUGGAUCAAAGACCUGCAGAACCUCACAUCUCUCUACCUGAGGAAGAUGCCCAGGCUGAGAAUCCUGGAGGGGGACAUUUUCAAGAUGAACCCAAACCUGCAGCAGUUGGAUUGCCAAGACUCCUCAGCACUUAGUUCUGUCCACACGCACAUCUUCCAAGACACUCCUUGCCUACAGGUCCUUCUACUCCAGAACUGCAACUUGAGUUCCUUCCCUCCUUGGAACCUGCAUUCCUCCCAGGUCCUAUCCAUCAGCCUCUUUGGCAACCCCCUCAUUUGCAGCUGUGAGUUGUCCUGGCUCCUCAGGGAUGCAAAGAGGACCAUCCUUAGCAGGGCAGCAGACACGGCGUGCGUACCAGCCUCGGGAUCCCAAGGCGCCGCCGCGGCCCCCCUUCCGCUGUCCCGCCUGCCCGCCGCCUGCCCCUGGGCCCGAAGCACCGCCGUCCCCGAUGCCACGUGGCCCUCUGAGCCCUUCGCCCACGCGCCACCGACCCCGGGCGCCGCCGCCCCACCGAGCAGCGCCCCCGAGGCUCCGCCCGCCAGCCGGCCCCCGGGGCUGCCCCCCGCCGCCCGCCGCCCGCGGGCCUCCCCUCGCGCUCCCCACCCGAGUCCUUCCGAGGGCGCCAUCCCAGUCUUGCUGCUGGGCGACUCCAGCGAGGAGGAGGAGGAGGGCGCGGGCGCGGGCGCGGGGGCGGGGGCGGCGGCGGGGCAGGCGGGCGGCGGGCAGGGGCAGCAGGGGCAGCAGGGCCCGGCGGGGGCGCCUCCGCGGGACGUGCCCUGCGACUACCACCCCUGCAGGCACCUGCAGACCCCGUGCGCCGAGCUGCAGCGGCGCUGGCGGUGCCGGUGCCCCGGCCUCAGCGGCGAGGACACGGCCCCGGACCCGCCCCGGCUGCAGGCGGUCACCGAGAUCGGCGACACGUGGGCGCUCGUCCGCUGGUGCGCCCCCAACUCGGCGGUGCGCGGCUACCAGAUCCGCUACUCGCCCGAGGGCGGCGCGGGGAACCGGUCGCUGUCGGUGCUGGCCGGCGUGUGCGCCACCGCGCGGCAGCACGCCCUGCACGGGCUCUCGCCGGCCACCGCGUACCGCGUGUGCGUCCUGGCCGCCAACCCCGCGGGCCUGAGCCGGCCGCGGGCCUGCGCCGCCUUCGCCACCAAGCCCAGCUUCGCGCUCGUCCUCGCGGGGCUGUGCGCCGCCUGCGGCCUGCUGCUCGUCGCCGGGCUGCUGCUCGCGCUGUGUGUGUGCCGCCGGCGCCGCCCGCCCCGCCCGCCCCGCCCGCCGCGCCGCGACACGCGCCUGGUGGCCUACAGAAACCCGGCCUUUGAGCCCCCGCUCAGGCCCCGGAGCCCCUCGUAGCCCCGCCCCCGCGCCCGGC